AUGGAGGACAGAAGCAGCUGCAACAAUGACCGGGAGCGCUUGGGAAUACGCUUCACCAUAGACUACCUGCUGUACAACAAGGACAGUAAGUGUAUGAGAGAAGAGCAAAAUAUUCCCGCAGUGGAGCAGGCCGCUCAUAGCCUACUGGAGGGCCAGAAAGAGGGGUCAGAGGAGGAGAAUGAAGAGGAGGAGGAGAUCAAAGGGGGAAAAGAUGAAGAGGAAACCACUACAGACAGCCCACAGGACAAGCCUUCCCAGUCCUACAUCUCCCUUAUCUCCAUGGCCAUACUUGCUUCAGAGGAGAAGAAGCUCUUGCUGUGUGACAUCUACCAGUGGAUCAUGGAUAACUACCCCUACUUCAAGAGCAAGGAUAAGAACUGGAGAAACAGCGUCAGACACAACCUAUCCCUGAACGAGUGCUUUGUGAAGGCUGGUCGGAGUGACAAUGGUAAAGGCCAUUUCUGGGCCAUCCACCCUACUAACUUCCAGGACUUCUCCAAUGGGGACUACCAUCGCCGCCGGGCUCGCCGCAGAAUCCGCAGAGUAACAGGACAGCUUCCCUACGCCCUGCACACACCCUAUUACCCCCUCCAUAGGCCCAGGGGUGUGUGGUGCUGGUGCUGUCCCCCAGCCCACCCUCUCUCCGCGGCCCACCCUCUGUCCUACGUCUCAGCCAGGAUCUAUUGGAGCUGGGCCAGCCUGCAGACCAGACGACACCCAGCCACGCUCCGGUUCAAUAGCACCACAUAG